CACGUUAAGUCACCACCAACAACCACGCGACAUUGCCCGUGCCGCUCCACGGGAUAUAGAUUGAGGUCUUGCGUUGGUGAGAUAUGGCGCGCAGCUUCUGCUCGUCUCCAUCCGACCCUCCUUGAGACCACCCACCACCCCGUACACUGCCUGAUAUGGUCGUCAUGACUCGGCGCAUCACCCGUACCGCGAUCCAAAUCGGUAGCUUCAUUGUCAUCGUCUUCCUCCUCAUCUUCCUCGCCGACUCCCGCUACAAAGUCCUCCCCUCCUCCAUCCACUCCGCCCUCCCUACCCACCACGCCGGGUCAGUCAUAACCGACAUCACCGUCACCUUCUGCUCCACCACCAACCCUUUCUCCACCUGCCGCCUCGACCCAGACAAAUGGCAUCGCAUCGAGAAGGAUCUGUACCUUCACUCGGGAUGGGUGCGGAGCGCGUGGCUGCACGUCAAGAGGAAGAAGGAGGAAGAACUAAAGGCGGAUGAUCAGGUUGUCGUCGGCGUGAGGGUCGGCAGGCUUGAUCCGGGCGUUGGUGAGGUCGGGCAGCAUAAUGAGAGGUGGGAGUCUCGACCCGGUGGGAUCUGGCUGUUGAGGAGCAGUAAACGGCAUGACAGCGACUCGGAGAAGGCUAUCACGGGCGUUGAUGUGUUGUUUGGAGCGGAUGCUGUUGACCCACGGCCGAAUUGGGUGCUGGCGCAAACUCCGCUGCUGUUGAGUACGAGUCCAGAGGUGCAGGUCGCGCGGCUGUCCACUAGGCAUGGAACGCCGAGGACGGAGAAGGAGACGGUGCCGAGGGUGAACAAGGACGGGAAGUUCAAGAUCUUGCAGAUCUCGGACACGCACUUCUCGACCGGAACGGGAGUUUGUAGGGAUGCCAUUGGAGCGGACGGGCAACCCAUCACGAACUGUGAAGCCGAUCCACGGACAGAGGACUUCUUAGAGUCCGUCCUCGACGACGAGUUACCAGAUCUCGUGGUGCUUUCCGGCGACCAAAUCGAAGGCCCACUGGCACCAGAUUCGCAAUCCGCCCUCUUCAAAGCUGCCGCUCCGCUCAUCGAGCGCAGCAUCCCCUACGCCGCCAUUUUCGGCAAUCACGACAGCGAAGGCACUCACUCACUCUCCCGCUCAGCGCAGAUGUCGCUCCUCCAAACCCUACCUUACUCCCUCUCCGAACCUGGUCCGGAUGAGUUGGCGGGAGUGGGGAACUACUACGUCGAAGUCCUCGCACCUUCACCAUCGACUCACUCCGCCAUCACUGUCUACUUGCUCGACUCGCAUGGUCUCAGCCCGGACGAGAAGCAUUAUAGGGGCUAUGACUGGAUUAAGCAGGAUCAGAUCGACUGGUUCCGGAGUACGAGUCAGGGAUUGAAGAAAGCGCAUGCAAAAUAUAGUCAUAUCCAUCUUGAUCUGGCAUUCAUCCACAUCCCGCUGCCGGAGUAUGCGGAGCACGGUGUCACGGUGACCGGGGGUACUUUCAAGGAGGGCGUCACUGCACCGGGGUUCAACAGUCAUUUCUACGAUGCGUUGGCGGAAGAGGGAGUGGUGGCGGUGGGGUGUGGGCACGAUCAUGUCAAUGAUUAUUGUGCGCUGCGACCGUCACCUCUCGCUUCUACAACACCUGCGAAACGAGAUGGAGUAGCUGCCUCCGAAUCUGGCACGCUAGUAUCACAUCACAGCAAGAAACCCCGUCUAGGACCGUGGAUGUGCUAUGCCGGCGGCAGCGGCUUUGGCGGGUACGGAGGCUACGGUGGCUAUCAUCGGAGAGUGAGGGUUUGGGAGGUAGAUACGGGGGCAGGUCGAGUUGUGACGUGGAAGCGGGUGGCAUGUUGUGGGGAGGAGACCAAAAGGAGGGUGGACGAGUUGGUGUUGGUUGAGGGCGGCAGCGUGGUUGCGCCCGCGUAAGUGGAGUGGUAGGCUUGAUGUGAUUGUGACGGGU